GUAAUAUGAAUAUAAGGAUUAAGACACGAGGACUAUGGUUGCAGUGUCCGCGACAUGAAGGGUGAUCGGUCAUUGUCCGUGCACGCACGUGCUUGCAGACGUACAGUGGCCCGGAUUUGUGAUAUCCGAUGGUAGAUGCUGUCAAAGGAAGGCCAUCUAAUAUAUUUUUCUUUUGAAAAGAACGUCAUUUGAUCUAGGAGACUAGGAUAAUGGGCCCAAGGAUUUUGUACUGAGGCUUUAAGUCAGUCAGUAGUCUUUUCUAGUAGUAUGGCCCAGCACCUUUCUUUCCAUCCUCCACCGUCCUCUUCACCCACUCCUAGCCCCUGUCACUCACUCUGUCACACUCACAGACUCACAGUACCCGAGCUUCGAGCUCCUCGGGAAUCAAAGAAGAGGACAAGCGAAAGCAGGCGAGCCAGCUGCUUAGCAAGAGCCACGGCAAUAGCUCGAGCAGCUAGCUCGAACCAUCCAUGGGGAAUGCCCUGUGGUGCUGCUGCAAGGGAGAAGACGACGAUGAUGGAUAUGUCUAUCUUGGUGGCGACGAUGAUCAGCAUGCCUACUACUACCCGGCCCCGGCCGCCGUCUCCAGGUCCAGGCCGCACUACCAGCCAGCUGCGGGGUCUUCCCCAACUCAGGGGAGCAGCCUCCGCUGGCCCCAGUCUCCUCCGGCUCCGCCAUCCAGGCCCCGACUGCAGCUGCAUGCUCCUCCAUCUCCUCCUCCUGCCUGCUCAGCCGCCGCUUCGACGAGCAGGGGAAGCCUGACUCUCCGGCCCCAGCCACCUCCGGCGGCUCCAACCCCCAGGCCCCAACGGCAGCUGCAUGCUCCUCCUGUGCCUCACGGCGUUCCCUCCUCAACUUCGGCGAGCAGCAGCAGCAUCCUCCCGUCCCAGCCUGCUCCGGUUCCAGCCUCCAGACCCCAUAAGCGGGGGCCGCAGCAGCCUUCUUCUCCUGUGACCCAUGGCCAUGGCGUCGCCGUCGCCUCCUCAACUUCGACAUGCAUGCUCCUCCGCCCCCAAAAGCAGAAGCCGCGACCGCCUCCCCCGAUUUCCCAUGGCGUCGUCGCGGUCGACUCUCCAGCUUCGACGACGAGCUGCCUCCUCCGUUUUGAGCAAGACCUCCUCAACUUCGUGCUCACCAAAAUGGUUCCUGAAAGGCUCGGAGAGCAUGUUACAUCAUCCAAGAAAGCACAAGCUAAAUGGUAUAGGAAUAUCUCUGAAGCUUAUGUAAAAACAGAACCCCCUCCGAGAACAUUGGCAGAGGCUGCCAUGCUAGUUGCUACAGCUCUGGGCAGGAUCCAGGGAGCUAAUUUGGAGGGUGUCCUUGCCUACUAUGGCUUCCCGAUUCCAAUGCCCCCUGUAGUCACCACAGAGCACCAUCCAGCAUCACUACCAGACGGCGUGCAGUUCGUCCUGAAAACUUUGCCGAUUUAUGCAAAGUGCAUUGGAGAUGGUGAUGGCUUUACUGCUUAUGUUGACACAGCAGAUCCAACAGAAUCAACAAAUGUGCCACAGGAAGUGCGUGAGGCUGUCAAUGCAAUGUUACAAACACCCAAGCAUAGGAACAGCCAACAGAAAAAUGUGCUCCAAAGUAAACUGAACAAAGCUGGUUAUAGGAUAAUAUAUACUUCAAAAUAUGAGAUCCUUGCAAGGCAAUACCGCUUCAGAUUGAGGGGCAUUGAUGCACCGGAGAUGGGAAUGCAAUAUGGGAAGGAGUCCCAGAAUGCGCUGGUGAACCUUAUCGCUGGCAAAAGUGUCAUGGUUUACGUAUAUGGGCAGGACCAGUAUGAUCGCUGUGUUGGAGAUAUCUAUUGUGAUGGUGUGUUCAUCCAGGUGAAACUGAAAUGCAUCUUGUUUGUCUGCUGGUUUACUUUUAUGAUAAUAGUGAUUGUGCAUUAUCAUAUAUUCAUCUCUCAGGAACAAAUGCUGAAGGAGGGUCAUGCAUGGCAUUACAAGAUUUACGACAAACGCAAAGAAUUUGCAAAAUGGGAGAUGAAAGCACGAGAUGCACGCCGAGGGCUUUGGGCAUCUGAUAACCCUGAGAAGCCAUGGGAUUGGAAAAGGAAGCACAACGUGAGAAAUGAGACAUCUGAUAACCUUGAUAAGACAUGGGAAUGGAGACGGAAAUCGCACAAUGCAAGACACCAGAACACCUCAAUUCAGGUGACAUUGUGUACCUGAAUCUCAAGUGAUGAGCUCUUGAAUGGUGAGGAAGUCAAACAGCCUGCUGGAGAUGUAAAUUUAGUGAAAGCGUCUGAAGCAAAAUUUGCCAUUCACUUAUUCGGAAUCUCUAUGCAGUUUGAGCUGAGAAUGUAUAGAUGAACUGUGAUGAGUACUGUGUCGAAAUAUUGCAAUAAUGCCUAAUUUGUGCCAGUUCAGGCAGCAUAAAUA